UGUUGAUAAUUCUAUCUGGUGUCCACUCCCAGUGCGCAGGCGCAGCCCGGGUGACGAAGAUGGUGCUCAUCAAGGAAUACCGUGUAGUGUUGCCAGUCUCUGUGGAAGAGUAUCAAGUAGGGCAGCUGUUCUCUGUGGCCGAGGCCAGCAAGAAUGAGACCGGAGGAGGAGAAGGCAUCGAGGUGCUGAAGAACGAACCUUAUGAGAAGGACGGGGAGAAGGGACAAUACACACACAAAAUAUACCAUCUAAAGAGUAAAGUCCCAGGUUAUGUGAAGAUGAUUGCACCAGAGGGAGCGUUAGUUUUUCACGAAAAGGCUUGGAACGCCUACCCGUACUGUCGCACGAUUGUGACGAACGAGUACAUGAAGGACGACUUUAUGAUAAAGAUCGAGACGUGGCACAAACCUGACAUGGGAACAAUAGAAAAUGUCCAUGACCUGGACGAGCAGACAUGGAGGACUGUGGAGGUGUCUCCCAUAGAUAUUGCAAACAAAGAAGAAGUGGCCCAAGGGGACUAUAAGCCAGAAGAAGAUCCUGCUCUUUUCCACUCCGCCAAGACGGGCAGAGGACCUCUCGGCCCCGAAUGGAAGAAUGAGCUGAAGACAGACUGUCCUUACAUGUGUGCAUACAAACUGGUCACUGUCAAGUUCAGAUGGUGGGGUCUGCAGACCAAAGUGGAGAACUUCAUCCACAGGCAAGAAAAGCGUAUUUUCACCAACUUCCACCGCCAGCUGUUCUGCUGGAUUGACAGAUGGGUGGGUUUGACCAUGGAGGACAUCAGGCGGAUGGAAGAAGAGACCCAGAAAGAGCUCGAGGAGAUGCGUCAGAAGGGAGAUGUGCGAGGCACCUCUGCGACAGACGAGUAGAGGCCCGUUGCUGUAGGUCAAACACUAGAGGCAGGCUGACUGCGUAAUACAGGUCCGAUUCGAGGCACCAGUGCUGCUCAUGAGCAAUGAGGCAAAUCAACCAAACCCUGUCAUGAUGAUGUCAUCAGAGACACGUCCACCACGUUGAGGAAGUGGCCCUGACGUCGUCGCCUCUUCUCCUCCCGUCUCACAUGAUUCAUUGGGGGGGUUUGACAAAGAUUGGUUUAACAGUACUGUACAGAUUCUACCCCAAUCACAAGCCUCCUGUUCACAACAGAAAAAAAACAAACAUGGUUUUUGCAUACAUAUAAAAAGGAAGAAAAAAAAAAAAAAGAAAAAAAAAAAAAAAAAACUUUGCACAGAACAUAAAAAUUGCCUGAUAUGUAAUUGUUAGUUGAUUAUUACAAUGGGCUUUGUUUUUAUUCAGGUGUGUAAACCGUGACUCAGAAAGUCAAGCCUUUUAAAUUCGAGUGUUUUUAGAUAUACAGGUUCCCAAAACAAAUUGGUAUAAGAUGGCUUUAGCAGGUAUUGGACCAUUUAUCUCCCCACCUUCCCCUUGUAUUAUAACUGUCCGUCUCUACUUUUAAUCCUCGUCUCUCCCCUCAGUAUUGUCUGUAUUCUUGUCCCGGUAAAAAAAAAAAAAUUGUCUAGAUCUCCGCCCCCCCCCCCCCCUUGCGUGUCUGACUGUCCCCUCUGUCUAACCGGGCGGUUGGGAAUGUCUUUUUUUCUUUCUUUUUUUAUAGUUUUAAUUUUGAGGCUAAUGCCUGUUUCUGGUUCAAAAGCGAAAUUGUAAUGCUCAUGCAUGAUAGAUAAUUCUCUGCUAUUGUUUCCCCUCUGCACACACGCACACAUUUCGACAUGCGCAUCAGCUCCUCCUCCUCCUCCUCCGUCACAAGUGCAUGUGGACAACAGCAACUCCUCGCUAAACUCAUUGCAUGUGUUUAGUCGCUGCAAUGCAGCUUUGCUCAAGUGGAUCGUUUGUGUUAAUUAGAGAGAGAGAGCGAAAGAGAGAGAGUCUGUACAAUUGCACCUGUGUGUUUAGUGUGUGCAUUUGUGUGCUUGUUUGUGUUAUCCACUGCCUUCGCUCUUUAAAGGACCGUCACACUCUUGAGAUGGAUAACGUUCAGCUUAAUAUCGAGGCUAUCCCCGCGUGGUCUCGGCACACAGCCGGCCUGUUGAUCUUGCCUAACGCUGCAUGUCCUCUUCUCCUUGGCUAGGGCUUUAACUGGAGGGCCCACACAAGCCAAUUUUUUUUUUUUUUUUUUUUUGUAACUAAAACAAAUGAGGAUGAGUCUGUGCGUCGCUUUCCUCUCUCACCUGACGGAGCUAAUGGGUCCAGGCAGAUCUGUGGUGUUUGUUGCAGUUGUGGAUUGUCGAACUUUCUGCGUGUAUAGUUUUUAUUUUCACCGUUUUCUUUUUUUAAAAGUGUAUUAUCUACCUUUUACUCCCAAGAAAGUAUGAGGUCAGUCUGAAGUUCCUAGUUAAGGACUAUGAACUGGCUUUAGCUAAACAUUUGACCCUCACGGUUUAGAUCAGUGUUGGGGUGAUGUAGUACGAGCCUUGAUCUGAAAACAUCUUUAUCCUGCUCUCUUUCCUGCAUCACUACUUAUUUCUUUUUAUUUUUUUUUUUAUUUCUGCUGCUUUGACUUGGAACAGUUUAUCUCAGCAAGCGCUCAGUUUACCCGCGUUCACUUUGAGCGUAAUGCAGAUCCUGUCGGGCUCUAGCUGAAAUGUUUGUGAUGUUUUGUACGAUCAUGACGUAGCUUAGUGCAGAUAUACAGCUGCGAUUGAGACUUUGUGCAUUCGAUCAGGUAUGAGUGUCUCUUAGGUUUUGUCGUAACCUAUCUGUGCGUGGUGUAUGUUGGACAGGGAAAAAACAAUAUAGAGUUAUAAGUGUACUUUAAAAUAGGCCCAUUUUAUAGAAAUGGACAAGAACUGUACAUACAAACACUGACUUGAAUGGAAUAUUUACAGCUUCUAAGCGGUGUCAGGUCUAUCAUUCAAUACUGCUAACUUUUAAGUAAGUUAUAAUGUUGUUGGAGCAGGUAAUGUCAGCUCUGUGGACAGUGUGCUGUGUGUUUGUGAAGUGGGGCGAACUGUCCACGCGUUGUUGCUCAUAACAUGGUUUAACCGUACCUCAUCCAUGCUUGCGAAUGUACAGCUAGGAGACAGAUGUGUCAAACUAUGCAGGAUGUUUCUGAACUGCAGGAACACUGACGUGUUUCACACCUGUACAGGCAUGACAUGGAGCCGUUAUAGCUUCAAUACACGAGGAAGAGAUUUAUUACAAAAAAACAAAA